AUGAAUAAAUUUUCAGCAAAAAAUAUUUUGCAUGUUGUCGAACAGCUUACGGAAGAGCAAGAAGAAGAUUCAGAAGGAAAUACAGGCAAAUUUUCAAUCGAUACUACUGAAACAACUGAUAAUAUUAUUUGCAAACCUUCAACUUCCAAUUUAUCAUCCGUAAGCCAAACUUCAUUAGAUCGAGCAUCGCAAUCAUCAGGUACCACCAUUUCACAACAGAUCCAUCAACCGCUGCCAUUUAGUGCAGAAUCGUUAGCGACACCUACUCUAAAUCAUGUUGCAUUUACUGCUAUGAAUUUGAACUGCUCGGAACGUAGCAGCACUCCAGAAUCACGCACUCCGCAAUCACCACUUUCCGUCGAUUCCCAAUCAUCUCAUACGAAAAUUCCGUAUUCACUGUCAUUAUUUCCCACUGGAUUGAAGAAUCGGAAUGGUAUAGUCUUUAUUCUAAUAUAUGAUUUUGUAAUUUUAAAUGUCUAA